CUUUUGACAUUUGACAUUGUCUAUUGUUGGGCAAAUUCACAAUUCUUUGAUGGAAUCCCAAUUCGACUGUCCACGCGUUCUCAAAAAGUGGUAAAUUAAAGAGCAACCACUUUUUUGGUUAAUCAGAGUAGAAAACCAACGGCGCUAUGAGUACAAUACUGGAAAAAAUUGCGGCCAUCGAAUCCGAGAUGGCACGCACCCAAAAGAACAAAGCCACAUCAGCUCAUCUGGGUCUUCUGAAAGCUAAACUGGCAAAGCUGCGUCGGGAAUUGAUCUCUCCAAAAGGCGGUGGCGGCGGUGCCGGUGGUGAAGGCUUUGAGGUUGCAAAAACUGGAGACGCACGAGUUGGAUUCGUGGGGUUCCCAUCGGUGGGAAAAUCAACUUUGCUCUCUAACUUGGCAGGUGUUUACAGUGAGGUCGCAGCCUAUGAAUUCACAACUUUGACCACGGUUCCGGGUUGUAUUAAAUAUAAGGGCGCAAAGAUUCAGCUCUUGGAUUUACCUGGAAUCAUCGAGGGUGCUAAAGAUGGCAAAGGUCGAGGUCGUCAAGUUAUCGCUGUAGCUCGAACAUGCAAUUUAAUCUUUAUGGUUUUAGAUUGUCUCAAGCCUUUAGGACAUAAAAAACUACUUGAACAUGAAUUAGAAGGUUUUGGCAUUCGCUUAAACAAAAAGCCACCAAAUAUAUACUUUAAACGCAAAGAUAAGGGAGGUGUCAAUUUCAACUGCAUGGUACCACAAUCUGAAUUAGAUGCAGAUCUCGUUAAGACAAUCCUUUCCGAAUAUAAGAUACAUAACGCUGAUAUAACGUUGCGAUAUGAUGCGACUAGCGACGAUCUAAUUGAUGUUAUCGAGGGUAAUCGUAUUUACAUACCCUGUAUUUAUCUUCUUAACAAAAUCGAUCAGAUUUCCAUCGAGGAACUGGAUGUUAUUUAUAAGAUUCCGCAUUGUGUUCCAAUAUCUGCACAUCAUCGCUGGAAUUUUGACGACUUACUGGAGAUGAUGUGGGAUUAUUUGAAACUGGUCCGCAUUUACACGAAACCGAAGGGUCAAUUGCCGGAUUACUCCUCACCCAUCGUACUACAUAAUGAACGCACAAGUAUACAGGAUUUUUGUAAUAAGCUGCAUCGAACAAUAGCUAAAGAAUUUAAAUAUGCUUUGGUGUGGGGCUCUUCCGUUAAGCAUCAACCGCAAAAAGUGGGUAUCGACCAUAUCCUCAACGAUGAAGACGUCGUGCAAAUUGUAAAGAAGAUAUAAAUUGGUUUACUUACACUUACUUUAAUAAAGUUGAUAUUUUUGGCUUUAAAGACACUAAAAAAAUAAAUAAAAAAUAAAA